AUGUCUGGAAGUAGUAGUGAACUAUUUAAUUUGGUGAAAAACUCCAGAUUAGCACAAGUUGCUAAACCACUUCUGAACAAUAUUCGUGGGAAUUCUAAAACCCCUACUCAUCAAGUAAUUUUCACUCCUAAAUCGAGUGCUUUAAGAUCUGAUUAUGGGUUAAAAUCAACAUUACCAAAUAAAAUUGGAUCAUCACAUAUAUCAUUUAAUGAUAUUGAUAAUCGUCAAAGUAUGCCUGAUGUUGAAAAAAAUUCGGGAUUUCAUUAUAAACAAUUGAUGUUUCAAGAAUUGGGAUUAUGUAUUAAAACUCAUUUCACUAAUAAAAACCCAUUAUUUUAUCAUGAAAAUAAUAAAUCUAAUAAACCAAUGAAAGAUGGAAGUUUAACAAAUACAUUGAAUUUACCAACUAAAGUUCAAAUUCUGGAAAUUAAUAAAAUUUUAAAGAAAAAUCCUCAAAUUUAUAAAGAAUUUCGUCAAUAUUUAAUUGAAAAUCAUCCUAAUAUUUUAUUAUCAUCCUCCUCCUCCUCCUCAUCAUCAUCAUCAACAACCACCACCACCACAAAUUCUUCACAACUGGAAAUCAUUGACGCAUUGAAAAAAUUUUUAUCAACUUCAUCAAAAAUUUCCAAAAAGAAAGUUAAUUUAUUCACUACUCAUAAAAUUGAUCCUAAAUUUCAACAAAAUCAAAUUCAAGGAACUGGAGGAUUUUCUUAUAAUCAAAAAGGUCGAUUAAGAAACACUCCUAAUGGGAUUAAAUAUGGUACUGUACUUCCAGGAAGAAUCAUUGCUAAUAAAGAAGCAGCAAUCAUGGGGUUUGUUGCUAGUGUUACUGAUCGUUCAAUCACUUUACAAUCAAAUUAUGCUAAAAAUGCUCCAGGUAAGCAUCAUCGUCAAUUCACCGUUCCAUUUAAAAUUAAUGAAGCUGAACUUGGUGAAGAUGGUUCAAUUAGAUUUUUUGCUGAAGGUAUCAAAACUGGGAAAUGGAUGGAAGCUAAUGAUAAUAGAUAUGUUCCUACAAAGACUAAUUUUGCUAGUUCUUCAGAAAGAAAUAAAGCUGAUGGUAAAAGUUUGGAAAGUUUAUUAAAUUUAAUUCUUCCAACCAAAUAA